GGUGAGAGUGGUUUAAGAUGGCGGGUGUAAGAGCUGCUGAGGGCGCGACCAGCGUGAGCACACCCCCCUGAAGCGGCUGGGAGUCGGGAGGACGGUACAGGAAUCUUGGGACAAGCAGGAUGGCGACAGUCCUUUCUCCAUUAGGGAAUGAGGCAGCCGUUUUUUUCCUCCACCACAAACAAAAUUGUUUCUUACAAGAUGGCCACCCUCUCCGCAGUGAGCCUAGCCGGAGAGGACAGGACGGGAGAAGACGAGGACAGGAGGCACCAUGAGUGGGGGCCCUGCGGGAGGCAGGCCCGGGGGCCGAGGAGGAGCCGCGGUCCAGCAGAACAUACCCUCUGCGCUCCUCCAGGACCAUGAGAACCAGCGACUCUUUGAGAUGCUCGGACGGAAAUGCUGGACACUGGCCACCGCGGUUGUUCAGCUGUACCUGGCGCUGCCCCCUGGAGCUGAGCACUGGACCAAAGAACACUGUGGAGCUGUGUGCUUCGUGAAGGAUAACCCCCAGAAGUCUUACUUCAUCCGCCUUUACGGCCUUCAGGCCGGCCGGCUGCUCUGGGAACAGGAGCUGUACUCACAGCUGGUCUACUCCACGCCCACCCCCUUCUUCCACACCUUUGCUGGAGAUGAAUGCCAGGCGGGGCUGAACUUUGCAGAUGAGGGCGAGGCCCAGGCCUUCCGGGCCCUGGUGCACGAGAAGAUCCAAAAAAGGAAUCAGAGGCAAAGUGGAGACAGGCGCCAGCUCCCCACUCCACCCACACCAGCCAAUGAAGAGAGAAGAGGAGCGCUCCCACCCGUGCCCCCGCACCCAGGUGGAGACCAAGGGGGUCAAGGAAGCAGCUCACUGUCCUUGGUGACAGUGGACAUCCAGAACCCAGACAUCACAAAUUCACGAUACCGUGGGCUCCCGACCCCGGGGCCUGGUCCAGGUGAUAAGAAACGCUCAGGGAAGAAAAAGAUCAGCAAGGCUGAUAUUGGUGCACCCAGCGGAUUCAAACAUGUCAGCCACGUGGGGUGGGACCCCCAGAAUGGAUUUGACGUGAACAACUUGGACCCGGAUCUGCGGAGUCUGUUCUCCAGGGCAGGAAUCAGUGAGGCCCAGCUCACUGAUGCUGAAACUUCCAAAUUUAUCUAUGACUUCAUUGAGAACCAGGGUGGGAUGGAAGCUGUGCGGAAGGAGAUGAGGCGUCAGGAGCCGCUUCCACCGCCCCCACCGCCAUCCCGAGGAGGGAACCAGCUCCCCCGGCCCCCCACUGUGGGGAGUAACAAGGGUCGCUCUGGCCCACUGCCCCCUGUUCCCACGGGAGGUGCUCCACCCCCACCAAUUCCCCGGGGACCCCCACCCCCGGGCCGAGGGGGCCCUCCGCCACCACCCCCUCCAGCCACUGGACGCUCUGUACCACCACCCCCUCCGCCCCCUGGAGCUGGGGGGCCGACCCUGCCUCCGCCACCACCGCCACCGCCACCACCACCCAGCUGUGGGGACGGACCCAUCCCUCCCCCACCUCCUCCUUCUCUGGGGCUUGUGGGGGGCCCGGCCCCUGGUGGGGGUCGGGGGGCGCUGUUGGAUCAAAUCCGGCAGGGAAUCCAGCUGAACAAGACCCCUGGGGCCCCAGAGAGUUCAGCGCUGCAGCCCCCACCUCAGAGCUCCGAGGGGCUGGUGGGGGCCCUGAUGCACGUGAUGCAGAAGAGAAGCAAAGCCAUUCACUCCUCCGACGAAGGGGAGGACCAGGCCGGUGAUGACGAUGACGACGAUGAAUGGGAUGACUGAGUCACCGCCACCCUCACCUGCUCUGCACCUGCGCCCCUGGCAGCCCUGCUGGCCGCCUUCCACUCUCAGCUUCCAGGCUCCCAAGCCCUGUUUCUUCGUCACUCACCCCUCCGAUGCUGUUAUCCCUGACUGCCCCCACCCUCACCACUCAUCCCAGCAAGAGCCAGGGACCUUUUCUACAAAACUUUUCAAUUCCCCUUUCUCAAGAGCUUUUUUUUUUUAAAUAAAAUAUAGUUGGUUUACCAUGUUUCUUCAAUUUCUAUUGCACAGCAAAGUGACCUAGUCACACCCAACUGUGCUGGAGGGUAGGACCCCGUUGCCCAUCCAGUCCAAAUGUUAACAGUGUGCCCAAAAUAAAAUGACUGUUUUUUUUU